AUGCGUUGCUUGUUUUUUUUAAUUAAGGUUUUUAAGUGGUUUAAUAAAACAGGAAGUAGUAGAUUAAUGUAUUCUCCACAACAGCCCAAUCUGUUACAAAUCUUUCAAACUGUUGACACUGAUCGUUCAGGUCGAAUUAGUUCUGAUGAGUUACAGAGGGCGCUGUCUAAUGGGACUUGGAGGCCAUUCAAUCCUGAAACUUGCCGUAUUAUGAUUUCUAUGUUUGACUCCGACAAUGAUGGUGGAAUCAGCUUCAAUGAGUUUCAAGCUCUUUGGAAUUAUGUCAACGACUGGAGUCGCACCUUCCGUACGUUUGAUCGAGAUAAUUCUGGGAAUAUUGAUCGCGGUGAGCUAAUGUCUGCGUUGACACAAUUUGGUUAUCGUCUCUCGGGGCCAUUCUAUGAUAUGCUUAUGCAAAAGUUUGAUCGUACUCAUUCAGGAAGGGUCAAUUUCGACGAUUUUAUUCAGCUUUGUGUUGUUCUUCAAACGCUCACUGCUGCAUUUCGCGAAAAAGAUUCUGAUCGUGAUGGCUGGAUUCGGAUUCAUUAUGAGGAGUUCCUUACGAUGGUGUUCUCCAUGAAGAUAUAA